GACCGUGAUUCACCCACGCUACAUUCCAUUCACCUCUCCCCACCAUCUCAAACCACAUUUGCUCGUGGUUCGUGAAGUGGGCUGUGUGUGUCGGCCUAUCCAUGAAGCACGGGAAUUGCACGAGGAUAAGCGUCUGAAAUGAUGGCGUGCCGAGGUGUGAUCGCGCGCCCAAGCCUUUCUUUCGUUCCUCGUCCUCCUUUCCCUCCUCGUCCUCCUCCCAAUGGCAUGGCUGCCUGCGUCUUUCAAGCGUGCCGCAUACUCUCCUCUCUCGAGUGUUGACCACCACCCCCUAUUGCCAACCACGGGCGGCGAGGAUGAUGAGAUCGAGCUCGAGAUGGCAAGGUUCGAGUCGAAUGAACGGGGAUCUUGGCGGAAACGCUGGCCAAGGUGGUACUACCUGGUCGCUUCCCUAGGGUGUUUAGGUGUGCUCUACUUCUUGUUCAGGCCUCGAUUACGAGGACCUCCACCCACUGGAGAGGGGGAUGAUUGGCAAAGCCCGGCGCAUGCCAAAACUCCGCUCCCAGACUUUUCCAAGUCUGCGAAUGUGCAGAUCGACAAACUUUUCGCCCGACAGUCCAAGACCUAUGCGCAGGCCGAAGCAAGGUAUUCGCUACGCACGAGUCGCGCCCCACCCCCCAAUUUCGACAAAUGGUUCGACUACGCGCGAAAGCAUUCGUGCCUGAUUGACGAGUAUGAGCAAAUCACCCGCGAUUUCGAGGCGUUUUAUCAGCUCGCGGAGGAGGACCCGGCGUUCUUCAAAAAGAUGGUCGAGUUGGGGUCAGCCAAGGUGCAGAAGGACGGAGCAGGAAUGACUACGGGGAAAUUUGAGAAGGGGAAGUUCUCAUACACGGACAGCCAAUGGACCCUGUAUCCUGGAGAUUGGCAACGCACUUUCGAUCGCUUCGGCUACUUUAUGCCCGACAUGAACAUCAUCCUUAACGGCCGGGACGAGCCUCGCGUGCUCUUCAACUACCGCCAGCCGGAUACGAAGCUAAUGGCUCUGCGAGUUUCCGAUCCAACCCCGUUCGAGAACUCGCCACGCCCCUCCGGGGAGUACUUCAAAAAGGCGAACUGCCUUGUUCCCAACCAGCCAAAGGGAUUUACCGGUCUAGCCAACGAUGCCAGUGCUUUCAUGAUCUAUGCCGCUAGCGAGCAAUUCACCACGGACCUGUAUCCCAUGUUGAGCAUGACAAAGAUUUCGCCAUGCUUCUCUGACAUCAUGGUUCCCAGCGAGUUCUACUACUCUGAUUCGGGUUGGUCGCCCCACUACAAGUACGAGAACAACAUUACCUGGUCCGAUAAGAUUCCCAAGAUCUACUGGCGGGGAAUGACCUCGGGUGGCAAGAUCUCGGGCGACAACUACCGUGCUUUCCCGCGCUUCAAGCUCAUAGAAAUCGCCAAGACGCACGGCAGUCUGAUGGACGUCAAACUGUCGGGCUUUCACGACGAGCUUUGCGACAAGUGCGACGCCGAGUCCAUCAAGACCGAGUACGGGAUUGCCCAUGUUUCUUCGCCACGGGAGGAGGUCUACAAGUACAAAUAUGUGUUUGACGUGGACGGAAACUCGUUUAGCGGGCGGUAUCUUGGCUUGUUGACGAGCGGGACACUGGUAUUCAAGUCCACUGUGUUUGGUGAAUACUUUAACGACUGGAUCAGGCCGUUUGAGCAUUACAUCCCGGUGCUUCCCGACCUGUCGGAUCUCGUGGACAAGCUCAGAUGGGCUGCGGAGCACGAUGCCGAAGCCUAUCGGAUCCAGCAGAAUGGUGCUGCUUUCGUGAAGCGAGUGAUGACCGACGGACAGAACGACUGCUACUUCUCUCUUGUCCUACUUGAAUGGGCCCGCCUGCAGGCGAUGGCGCGCGACAUUCCGAGUACACAUUCGUCGCUGCCGAAGCCGACGGCAGAGAUGGGGGAGGGGGAGGCUAAUGAAUGAGGGUGCCAUGAUCGACUACUAACUCGGUGUAUUUUUUUGGUUUUGCUUUCCGUGUCCUUCGUGCUAUCACAAAGUAAUCGCUGACCUGGGUAAACAGUACUUGCUUACUCUCUAUAUUUAUGUACCCCUAGAGCGGUCGUGUGCUAAUGGGACUUGGCGUUUGCUCGGAAUUUGUAUACAUCUACUGUAAAGGCCCCCGAAAGGCGUCCGAUGCUCGCGUGUUGAACUGUUCAUCCUGAACUGAAGGCGUGCAAAUCCUCACACAUGCGGG